AUGCUGGGCAUGUACGUGCCGGAUAGGUUUGCCCUGAAGUCGUCAAAAGUGCAGGACGGGAUGGGGCUCUACACGGCCCGCAGAGUCAAAAAGGGUGAAAAAUUUGGCCCUUUUGCAGGGGAGAAGCGAAUGCCACAGGAACUGGAUGACAACACAGACUGCAGGCUCAUGUGGGAAGUUCGUGGGAAUAAAGGUGAGGUCCUUUAUAUCUUGGAUGCAAGCAAUCCACGCCAUUCUAAUUGGUUGCGUUUUGUCCAUGAGGCUCCAUCACAGGAACAGAAGAACCUGGCAGCCAUCCAGGAAGGGGAAAAUAUUUUCUAUCUGGCUGUUGAAGAUAUUGAAACAGACACAGAACUUCUCAUUGGGUACUUGGACAGUGACAUGGAAGAAGAGGAGGAGGAAGAAGAAGAAGUAGCUGAUAUCCAGGAAGAUGAAGACAGUGGCAACAAUAAAGAAGUGCAACCAGCUGGUGAAAAAAUUGCAGAUCCCCUCACCUGUAAAGAGGACCAUGCAUGCCCAAACUGUGAAUCCAGUUUUGCCAGCCAGGAGAUUCUAGCUGAACAUCUUCAGACUUUGCACCAAAAACCCAGUGAGGAAAAGGAAUUUAAGUGCCGAAACUGUGGAAAGAAAUUCCCUGUUAAACAAGCUCUACAAAGACACUACGAACAGCACAAGGAGGCGUGCAGAGGGGAUGCCAGAUUCAUAUGCAAGGCAGAUAGCUGUGGCAAGAGGUUCAAGAGUAAGGAUGCCCUGAAAAAACAUAAAGAAAACGUUCACAGUGGAAAUUCUAGGAAGAAGCUGAUGUGUUCAGUGUGCAGUAAGAAAUGUUCCUCAGCAACAAAUCUCCAAGAGCAUCGAAAGGUCCAUGAGAUCUUUGAGUGUCAGGAAUGUGACAAGAAAUUUAUUUCAGCGAACCAGUUAAAACGCCAUAUGAUAACUCAUUCAGAAAAACGCCCCUACACCUGCGAGGUUUGCAAUAAGUCCUUCAAACGACUUGAUCAAGUGACUGCACACAAAAUAAUACACAGUGAAGAUAAACCUUAUAAAUGCAAGCUUUGUGGAAAGGGAUUUGCCCACAGAAAUGUUUACAAGAAUCACAAGAAGACCCAUUCUGAAGAGAGACCAUUCCAGUGUGAGGAAUGCAAAGCUUUGUUCCGAACCCCAUUCUCUCUACAAAGACAUCUGUUAAUCCAUAACAGUGAGAGGACCUUCAAGUGUGAUCACUGUGAUGCUACUUUCAAAAGGAAGGACACAUUAAAUGUUCAUAUACAAGUUGUACACGAUGGACAUAAGAAAUACAAGUGUGAUCUCUGUGACAAAGCUUUUGUGACACCCUCAGUCCUCAAGAGUCAUAAAAAAACUCAUACAGGAGAAAAAGAGAAGAUUUGCCCAUAUUGCGGACAGAAGUUUGCAAGCAAUGGAACACUGAGAGUUCAUAUUCGAAGCCAUACAGGUGAACGUCCUUACCAGUGUCCGUACUGUGACAAAGCUUUCAGCAAGAAUGAUGGGUUGAAGAUGCAUAUUCGCACCCACACAAGGGAAAAGCCGUACCAAUGUUCAGAGUGUAACAAGGCUUUCAGUCAAAAGCGAGGCCUAGAUGAGCACAUGAGAACCCACACCGGAGAGAAGCCGUUUCAGUGUGAUGUUUGUGAUCUGUCCUUCAGCCUGAAGAAAAUGCUGAUCCGACACAAGCUGACUCACAACCCCAAUCGACCGAUGGCAGAAUGCCAGCUUUGCCACAAAAAGUUUACAAGAAAUGACUACCUCAAAGUGCACAUGGAAAAUGUCCAUGGUGAAACUGACAGCUAA